AUAGCCAGCUGUGUCAGUGCUAUUAGUGACGUCGCGCGCGACGUAGGUAGAGGAAUCGCGAACGGAUCGGUUAGGGGGAAAUGCACCGGGGGUGAAUUCUCCGUCGAGCUCUCUCUCUCUCUGACGACCGGAAGCUAAGGCAACGCGCGAGUGCUGAUCGAGAUUACGAGAUGCGUCCGCUCAGGAUGGAAGUGACUCCGUGCGCCGCGACGAGCGCCCGUUUCUGACCGACCGGCGUCUAGGAUAAAUUUAAUUCCCACCGAGCCGCAUUUGGGUUAAUAUCGGGUGCCGAUUGAGAUGCACUCCAUGUAUUCGUCCAAAAAAGGCGACCCUCUCUGCCCGUUGGGCUUCCACCCGCAAGUUCGGUGGCCGACACGUUGCAAACGGUGCUUCAGGGACUACAAAGAGCAUGGCGGGAGGAGGAACAGUCUCGGAGACAUCACGGCUUCGUCUCCCAGCCUCUCAUCGGACUCGCGUGGCUCCGAGAGCAAAAGGACGUGGUCUUCCGCUACGAACUUGGCGAAAGAUGAAACCAAGAAUAAUUAUUCACAGCCGGCGGCGUCGGCUGGUUGGACAUCCCUGAUGGAUCUCUCUACCAUAGAUAAGAAUUCGGAUGAUUCCCACAAAUUAGAAGACAUCAGGAAGCCGGCUAAGCUGCAGAUAAAGAACGUGAUAAGCAACAGCAGCAACGGAGGCACCUCGGAGAACGACGUGGAAUUUAUAAUUCAGGUAAGGAAAUCACGGCCGGCACCGCCGAAACAGGUGGUCCAAGAUGGGCUGGAUAAUGUCACGGUAAAAGGACAGGAAACCGAGCAGCAGAACGAGACGGAAAAAUUGCGGUCUCAGUUGAACGACAUGAAAGCGAGAUGUGAGAAGGCGGAGAAGGAGAAGAGCGAAAUACUGAUGCGUCGUUUGACGACUAUGGAGACAAUGUCGAACAAAACGUCGACGAGCGAGGUGGCGAAGUUGCAGAAGAAGAACGAAGCACUCGUGCAAGAGAAGAACGUGUUGCUGUCGAAGAUAAAGGGUCUGGAGAAAGAAGCGAAUGUUAAACCGUACAGAGGGGAGAAGGACGAACUGCGAUCGAAGCUGAAGGCCGCGGAAAACCUCUGCGAGAGCUUGAUGGACGAGAACGAGGACAUGAAGAAGGAGAUCAGACAAUUGGAAGAAGAGAUCUAUGAGCUGCAGGACAAUUUCAGGGAUGAACAAGCGGACGAGUACACGCGUUUGCGAAAAAGUUUGGAGCAGUCCAAUAAAAACUGCCGGAUAUUGUCGUUCAAACUGAGAAAAGUAGAGCGCAAAGCCGAGGAAUUAGAAAGCGAGCGGUCCGCUCUGGAGAAGAAAUACGAAGAGGUGAAGAAAACGGAAGAAGUUCUGCAGAAGGUAAGCAGCGCAUUCCAGAAUAGAACGCAAAAGAAGCCAACGGACCUCACGACCAAAGUGCAACUUAAAAAGAUGGUCGAUGAAGCGGAGAAAGAAAUAGAAGACAUGCUCGGGAUUUUUACCAACAUAAAAAAUGGACAUAACGUGGACAUACCGGACGUGAAACCGAAGGAAAAUAACUUGAAAUACGAUAAACUCCUGAAAGAACACGAGCAGCUUAAAGAAAAAUUCGAGACUGCUGUAAAGGAAUUGACUAGUGAAAAGGAGAGGAAGAAACCGAAUGUAAAAGCGGAAGACACGAAAAACGCGGAUAUGCAAAUGAAAAGAAAGUUGGAGGAGGCACUUGCUUUACGGGAAGCGGAGAGAAAAGCGUGGGACAAAGAAAAACUGGCACUCUCGGAGGAAAAGGAGAAACUGAAAUCUAAACUUCUAUCGUUGUCCGCGGAAAAAUUGAAAAUUUACAAUGAGGUUGUACAACUAAAGAAAGACCUCGAAACGGCUAAGACGUCAGAAAAGGAUACGGCAAAGAUGGAGGCAACAAUAAGCGAAUUGAAUGAAAAACUGUCUGAGGAAGAAGAAAAAUGUAAGAGGCUACAAGACGAUCUGUCGUUGUACACUGAAAGAGAAUCGAAACUCUUGCAAUCGAUAACAUCCAUAGAACAGAGCAAAGGUAAGCUCGAUGCUGAGGUAAAACGUUUAAAGAAGGAAUUGGAAAACACAAAAUCCUCCACAUCAACAAAGAUCACGGAUCUAAUUGCCGAAGUUACAAAAUUCAAGCAGGAAAGUGAAAAGUUAACGUCACAACUUGACGGUGAGAAAGAAGCGAAAGAAGCUGAAAUAGCCGAUCUCAACAAGAAGAUUGUUUCCUUGGAAAAGUCUGGGCAGAAUACAAAGCGCAUGAAUGAGAUGAAGCAGACAUACAAUGAGAAAAUUUUGAAUCUCGAGAAUGAGAUAAAGAAGCACGAACAAGAACAGCAGACUUUGAGAGAAAAGUAUCGAGAGCUUAGCAGCUCAAAGCUACAACUUGAAAGGGAAAAUGAAUCUCUGAAUAGCGAGUGUUCGAAGCGCAAGAAGGAUUUCAAUAAUAGUCAAGCGGAACUCGAAGACCUACGUAACUCGAUCAGAACGAAAGAGAGCGAAUGGCGAUUAGAGAAAACUUCACUCGAGAAUCAGAUUCGCGAGAGCCAGCUACCGAACAAACUUAUUGUAAAUGAACUGAACAAUGAUAUCAAUACGAUAAAGAAGGAAAAUUCCACUCUGCUGGAACGGUUGGAAGAUACGAGGAAAAUAAACGACGAUCUCUCUGCAAAAUUGAAAGAUUACGAAGCGGUGUCCAAGAUUCAUCAAGUAUUGACACCCGACACGACGGCACUGGAAUCAGAGAUUCGUAAAUUGAAGAAUGCCCUGACGAACACGGAAAAGGCGAAGAAGGCGGACCUGGCGCAGUGUAAAAUGCGCUACGAGCAUAGAAUCACGGCGAUCAACGACGAAAUCCAGACGAUUCAGAACCAAUUGUCACGUUACAAACGAGAACGCGACACUUACAAACACAUGUUGGAGGGUGCGCAAAAAACGAUAGGAGAGCUGAAGUCUGCGAGACAAGGCAGGCUAUCCAGUGCAUCUUCCGGAAAGUCAGACGAGGACGAAGAAUCGUCGGGUGCCAAUAUAUUGGUACUAGAAAAAGAGAUCAGUUCUAUGGAAGAUGAGCUUUCUGAAACGAGGCUCGAAGCUUCCAGGCUGAAAGCCGAAUUGGUUUCGGAAAAAUCCGCCAGUCACGUCAAAGUCUCCGAGCUGCAAUCUCGAAUCAACGAGCUGGAGGAGGAACGAUUGCUCACCAGCGGUCGUUCGAAAAUCCCAGGACUGAAGGUGCGAAUGGAACUAGCUUGGCAAAAAGAGAGAGAAGAACAUCAAAGACUACUCCAAGAAACGGCAACGUUAGCGAGGGAUUUGCGACAAACGUUAUUCGAGAUAGAAAGAGAGCGCAGCAAAGAACGGCUUGAGAAUAAAAGAAGACAAGAUCAGUUGAAGAAAGUAUUCGACGAAGAGAAAGAAGAGAAUAAGAAGAAAUUAUCGGAGUUGCAAUGCGAUUUACUCGAGCUUAGAGACGCGCACGCGAAGUUAAGAACGAGCAAUGAGAAAAUGAGGCGCGAAAAAGAGCGGCACGAGAAGGAGAGGCAGGAACUCAAAGAUGUGAUAUUGAACAAAUGCAAAUUGGAGCAGACCGAGCUGCGAAACAUCAACAUACUUAUGCAACAGGUUCAGGACCUACUGCAACUUUUCCCCGAAUUGAACACUGUAACGGAAAACGGGACGCCCGACGUUUACACGCCGACUCCGCCGAGACGAAUAAAGGGACCAAAGUCAAGAGAGUCAUCGCCAAUGUUGGAAACGAAGAGUGACGUAAAAGCUGUAACGCCAAUACUCGGAGAAAGGACGGAAAAGUUAGAAUACACCGUUAGAAAAUUAAUGGACGUGGCGAAGGAACUCAAGGAGUCGAAGAAAACGGCGGACGAGGCGAAUGCCACACGACUGAAGAAGCUGGGAAAGAGAUCGACGUCGGUUGAGAGCGAUCCAGGGAAAGGAGUAGCCUUGAAUCGUAGUAAGCCGCGUUUAAAGAGGAAGAGUCUCUCCUUGGAGCAAACGACUGGGCGCCAAGAGUCCCCAGCUAUUUGGGGCACCGACAGCAACAUGUCGAGCAUGCAAUCGUUGGAGGAAUCGGAAGCAGGGUCUCGCCGGCAAAGGGAUUCCAGCGUAGACAGCCGUCUCUCCGGAGGAUCGACGAAGAGCGAGAUGUUGGAACGCGAUAAGAAGUACGGCAAGGGGAUAAUACGGAAAUUAACGCACAAAUUGACGAAAUCGUCCAGCGUCGACGAUCCGAACAUGACUGACUAUUCCCUUCAGACUUCCGGUUCUGAAACGAGCAUCAACGAAAGCAGCAAGUUAGAGAAGAAGAAUUUAAAGAAGAAGUUGACGGCCAUGUUCAAAAGAGGUUCAAGAAGCAGCAGUUUAGACAAAAAGACUGGGAAUUCCAGCAGGCCUACUUCGAGAAACUCCAUGACAUCGGGCUAAUUCCGCGCAAUCUCUCCUUCCAAGGGCUGGACGCUUCGACCUCUAUUUGACGAUUACUAUUUUCCAAGAGUGUAGCAUUGUAUUCGACGACGGGAGGGCUCAAAUUCUUGUUAGACUUAGACAGUACGAUGCAAUUUUCACGACGAGUAGAAGCGACACGUGUGUGUUCUUGUAUGUCGAUAGCGCGAGUUAUCCUUAAACCAGAAUAUCUGUAUCGUCAUGAUGUCCGAUAGAAAAAUAGGUCUCGUGUUGACGCAUUCGCUUUACGCUGUUUUUUUUCUCUCUUCUUCUUUUUUUUUUUUACGCGGGUGUGAGUCUACGCGAUGGUUCUCGCCGCUGGGAUCUGCGCCGAUCGUAUGCGAGCUGUAAUACAGACAAUUUUUGGAAAAAUAUAAUAUUUCACCAACUA